GGCUUCUUUUUGUCUCUACUUCCCUGCUAACUUCUACAAGAGCUAAAUGCUUUUAUUUUGAAAGUAACAACCGGAAGACGCACGUGGUGCUGUCUAGCUUGACGGUUAGGAGUUGAACCAGUCGGUCGGCUGUCUAGUGGAGAGUCUGUCAACAACACACUGCAACCUGAGACGGGACAGACACACAGACAGCUAGAGCUAAGUCAACCAGCUAACCGAGCUAACCCCCCUCUGUAUUAACCAACAAGACACAACUAGUGAUGUUUUCUUCAUAGUUAGUAAACCUCUAUUAUGUUUGAAGUUGUUUCGACAAGAGAAGAAGCACAACUGACUUUCUCAUUCGGCUCCCUCAACUCCUUCCUCGUGUGUGAUAUGACAUCGCUGCUCGGUUACAACAAAAGCCAGUGCUCUACAGCAGACGGUUGACGUCUGGUCAGGUGCUGUUGAAGAGGAUGGCUGCUCAGGUAGAGGUUCAGACCGGGGAGGUGGGGAGGACAGUAGUGGGAGGACGACUUCACCUGAGUCCUUUGACAGACUCCAGCAAUAAGAGCCUCAAUGAGAUCUCCUCCAUCAACCAGUCCCAUAUCAUCACUCCAGAACCUAACAAACCUGUCCCGGCCCCCAAGCCACGGCUCACUCCCAAACCUUUUGCAUUGGAGAAAAACCCCACCAUUAAGCCCAUACUUGCUCCUAAGCCCCAUCCCAAGCCCCGACCAGAGUCCACUCGCCUUUCUGGAUACAAACCAGAGCUUCCAUUCAGUCCAAAACAACAGCAGCCAGUUGCCACUGGCAAACCCAGGCCAGUGGCAACCAACCCCAACCGACCUUCCCCUACCUCCUUUAAAACAUCUAAUAAGUUGAACACUGGACAAACAACCAAGCCGAUAGUCCAGCCAUUUAAACCGGCCCCUCCUCUUGACCCUGAAGACCCCAGCAAACCCAUUCCUCCUGUAAGAGCAGAGAGGCAGAAACCUGGCUCAUCAAGCUUGGCUUAUUCCAAGAGCCUUAAACAAUUUCCAGCAUCGGAAUGGUCUGGAACCACUAAAACUCCAGAUGAGAAUGACCAGACGACAUCCAGCAAAGGUGGGGCCUCCAUUACCAGAGCCAAGUCCAUGGGUUUUCUCGCUCAGGUAGGGCAGGAGGAAGACGAAGAGGAAAAAGCAAACCCAGCGGUGCCACUGCGGCCACAGCGGCCACAGCCCAGAGGCUCCAGGCCCAGACCCGUGUCAGCCAUUUUCCUCGACAGUCCGACGGAGACACCAGAUCCCUCCCCGCGCUGGGCAAGACGACCACUUUCAGCUGAUCUCACGGCCAAGUUUGAGUCAAUCGGCCUGUCACUGCACCGUAAAUCUCCCAAAGAAAACACUAAGGAGAACACUCCAGAGGAGGAGAAGGCACUGCCGCAAAAGAGAGAGCAGGAGAAAACCCCUAAGAGCACCGCACCGCAAAGUACUGAUGGUGUAGCUCAGCCUGCUGACCAAAGCAACAAAAAGACCGAAGAAACGACCGCGAAAGAGACGGAUGAGGAUAAGCAUGCAGUUAGCAUCAAGUCGCGAAUCAGUCUCUUCCUCGAUUCAUCCUCCUCUCCUGGGACAGGCGUCGCAGGCCCAGGGUCAGAUCUUCCUUCUCCAGUGCAGCCAGUCCCUGAAACCACCACCGAACCGCCAGUGGGUGUCAAACAGCUCAUCAAGCAGCUGACGGAGGACACAACACCAAUUCAGAGCCCUGUUUUGAAACCUGUACUGAGGCCCCGCCCCUUGCCCCUCGACCUGACUAAAAGGUUUUCAUCCGAGAGGUCGCCAGACCAUGGCAGUGUGUUCUUCAGUGAGGCGACAGACCGCCAUGAGAUCAGCAAAGAUCCUCAGUGGAGGAUUGAGGAGUCAGCCGUCACACCCAGUGACCAGAAGACAUUUGUGGAUUUAAAAGAAUCCCAGGAGCAGCUCAAAAACGCCUCCACACCUGAAGGGCCUGAGGCGGUACAGACGUUCGGCGCCACUUCCAAGGAAAGCGGUGCAGACGUGCAGACAGUGCGAGCCUCCUUGUUUGAAAAUGUUGUGGAGAGGCACAGCGUGCUGAUGGUGGAGGAGGGCAAGUCUGCAAACAAGGCUAAUGAUUCGCUCAGCAGCCCGUCGUUUAAGAGAGGAAACAGUGAAGACGAGGGAACUCUGGUCACUGCCACUUACAAAGAUCCCGUAUCUCCAUCAGGUCCUCUGAGGGUGUCGCAUGCCUUUGACACUGUGCAGGCAGUGGAGGAGAGCAGGGUAGUGAGUGAGAACAUCCCAUCAGCUCAGUGGGAGGACAAGGCCAUGACGCUACGCUCCAGACGCUCAGAAGCGAGCAGGCCGGUGGCAGAGAGGACUGGUUCAGCGCAAAGCGAACCAACUGUGGCUGGGACGCCAGAACAGCAGCCUCGGUAUCUGAGAGUCGGAGCUUUGUCAAAAUGGACCGCCACAGGUCUCGACCAAGAGGCAAGUGUGGAGAAAGGGAUGCAAAAGGAAUCACAAAGGGAAGGACAGGUGGCUUUAGAUCAAGACAGGGACAGGCAGAGGGAAGCGGAGCAGGAGGAAGUGGCUGCAGCUCCUAAACGAUUGAAAAUGCUGCAGGCAGAAGAUCAGCCGAAACCCAGGGCGACCUACUUUGCUCUGACUGGACAAAUACAGGAGCCAGUUUCUCCUAUAGAUGCAGGAGCGAGCAUCGGGGACAUCAACGUGGCCUUUGAUGAUUUCUCCGUGAGGUCUGCACUGGGCAGCUCUCAAGGGAAGGUUCUUCCAAUGAGGAGGAAUCCAUCAUUAGAUGAAGCUUUAGGAAAAAACUAUCAAGUUGAGGAGCUGAUGAGGGGCCACAGGGAGAUCAGAUCAGGGUCAGAUGGACAGACGGCAGAGGAAAUGAUGGAAGUCGAAAAGAAAAGAGAACUACAAAAGGAGACGGAAAGACACAUGGCAAAGCUGAAAGAGAUUGAGAGGGAAAAACAGAGGCAGCUGGAAAUGGAGAAAGAAGCAAAUUUAGAGUUUGCACGAAUGAAGGAGAGGGAGAUGCAAAGAGAAUUUGAAAGGCAAAGACAGAAAGCCUUUGAGAAGGAGAAACAGGACUUUGAGGAGAAACGGCGUGCGCUGGAAAGGCAGAAACAGUUAGAGCUCGAGCAUCAACAGAAACUUCAAGAACUGGAGAGAGCGAGACUAAGAGACCUUGAAAAAGAGAGGCAGCGGCAACUUGAGAAAGAAAAACGGCGAGAAUUGGAGAGACAGAGAAGGAUCGAAGGAGAGAAAUUCCAAGAGCAGGAAAGGGAGAGACAGCGUGAACAAGAGAGGCAAAGACAAAGGGAGGAAGAGAGGCAGAGAGAGCUGGACAAGGAAAGACGGCUGCUGGAAAUCCAAAAGGAGAAACAUAAAAUGGAGGACCUGGAGAGAAUUAAAGAGCUGGAGAGACUGCAGCUCUUGGAGUUUCAAAAACAGAAACAGAAAGAAAAGGAGAUGCAGCAGCUCAUGGAGCUCGAGAAGCAGAGGCUAAGAGAGAAGAAGGAGAGAGAUGAGGCAGAGAAAAUGAGACAGAUGGCAUUAGAACAGGAAAUGCUGAGAAUGAGAGAGCUCGAUAAAGAAAGGGAAAGACAAAGGGAGAUGGAGAAGGAGCACCAGAGAGAGAUUGAGAGGGAAAAGCAGGAGAGACAGAGACAGAGAGAUUUAGAAAGGGAGAGACAGAGACAGCUAGAUUUUGAGAGGCAGGAAUUAGAAAACCAGAGGCUGAGACAACGAGAGCUGGAGAAGGAAAAGCAGAGGAAGGAGGAGUUGGGGAGACUCAAAGAGAUGGAGAGACGACAGCUCUUGGAGUUGGAAAAGCAAAGGCAGGCAGAGAGGGACAGACAGCAAAUUUUGGAGCUGGAGAAAGGCAGACUGAGGGAGAGGAUGGAAAGGGAGGAGGCAGAGAAAAUGAGACAGAUAGCCAAACAGCAAGAAGCAGAGAGGCAGCGACUAAAAGAGAAGCAGAAGAAAGAGGAACAAGAGAGGGCGAGGUUGGAGGCAUCUCCUCUCAGGCCUCAAGUGGUGGAUCUGGACACGGUUCUCCGAAAUGCACAGCGCAGUGACCCUGCGACACGAUGGAGGGAGCCAACUCCGAGGGCAGAGGAGUCUUACAAACCUGCCAACCUUGACAUUGACUCUUUCUCAUCUCAAGCUCAGCUCUCCCCGAGUAAAGACUUGUUUCCUGUUUCUGGUAUUCAGGGUGUAGACGCUCCAUUUGGAGCUAGAUCGCAGCCUACACCUGAUGUAGAUGUUAGCUGGAGGUUGCCACCACAGACUUCAGCAGGUUUCACAAGCCCAGUAUGGAUGCCGUCUCCUCAGGACCCGUGGGAACUGCGGCCUGUCGAGAUGGCUGUGGACAAACCUGCGGCUGAACCCAGAAAACAUGCCAACAAACUCAGCCCAGAGCAACUCCUCCUCAGGCAGGAGGAACGGCUCCUGUCUCCACAGAGGCACUGGCCCUCUGUGCUGGAUGAUCCACAUCACUUGGCCCCUCUUUCCCGGACAGAAGCCAAAAGUGGAGGCUCUCCGGGUGGAGCUCCCGAGGAGCCGAUCUGGCUCCUCAGAGAGCAACAUCCUCAAGACAGCAGGGGUCCCGUCCAUAGCCACAGGAGGUCACAGGGAUCUCAGGAGUUGAACAGGAUCCGAUCUCGCAGUGUGUCGAGGCGGUCUGCUCCUCCGAGCAGCGCUGUGGAGGGAAGCCUCUCCAGGAUGAGGAGCCGCAGCGCCCACAGAGAGCAGGACCUCGACAGGGUGCAGCAGAAGCAAAGUGUCGGUGGUGAAGAGGAGGAGAAGGACUCGGGAACACCGGUCCGUGACACUGACAGUCAGUAUGGGACCUGGGAGACAGGACUGCGCACUGAUGACAGCCUCACUCCUGCCACUCCCAGUUCAGAAAGCAACCUCAGCCCUUCACCAAGGAAGCCCACUCCCCUACACACGCCAGGUGAUCAUGCCUCACUGUUUGACACUGACGCUCUGGACGGCCUACAUCCCUCGUCCUCAUCUGAGAGCCAGCCGCUCCCUUUCCCUGACACCCCGACCGCUCUGUUAGACACCAGCGCUCUUCGCUCCAGAGCCCAGCUGGGGAAGAAACGCGCCCCGCGGACACGACCCUCCAGAGCUGCCCGUCAGACUGCUGCGCCGUCAGAGGGAGAGGGAGGAACCGCCGAGGACUGGCUUUACAGAGACUCCACAGAGGCAAAGGUUGAGAGUAAAGACAAUGACUCGGACUCUGAGGAGCAGACCAGAGGAGCAGACGCCAGCCCCGCUGUUUCCUCUCAGCCACAGAGGAUCGCCCUGUUCCCUGGGUUGGACCCUUCAGCUUUAAAGGCCCAGCUGAAGAAGAGGGGCGACUCUGACAAUCAAACAGAUGGACCUGCUCCCGCUUCUUCCCAACUUUCUCGCACUCCCAAGUCCCCCUUUCUUCCCAGGGCAGCGCGUGUACUGCCCCCACCUGGUGGGAAAGAGAACGGUGAGGAGGAAUCACCCCAGUGGUUGAAAGAGCUGAAGUCCAAGAAGCGCUUGAGUCAGUAUGAAAUGGAGAGCUAAUAAAAAAUAAGAUUGCCUUAACAGAUGAACCUAUAUGAAACAGAAGCCUUAAUGUUCGACCCAGAGAGUAGGAGCGGGGAAUCUACAGCUGCUGAUGUAUAUUUUUUUUUUCUUUUUUGUUCUCUUCCCGUCUGGGUUGAUAAAUGUGCAUGGUGCCUUUUUUAUGGAGAGUCUCUGUCUUAUGAAAAAAAAAAGUAAAAACAAGCAAAGAGAGAAAAAAACCACAUCUCUGCUCUAUCCAUUUCAUGCUUGAACCUGUCGACGCUCUCCAGCACCAGGAGGCCCUUCACAUGAACACUUUAAUAGGGACCAGGAGAAGUUGUUGGGGGGAGGAAGAAGGCGAUUAUUGGCAAUUAUUUCCUGUCAGGCCGCAUUUCAGGAAAUGGUUAACUUGUGGGACCACGACGCCUCUUCAUCCUGGACGUGCUUCUUCACCUGCUGGAGGACAAUCCAGCCAAUCUUCCUCUUCAAGAUGUUAGUUUCCUUACUCGACUAAUACGUACAAGUUGUCUGACAUAAUGUGUGUUAUCAGUCAGCGGAGGUUGUCGAUGGGAGUCACACAAGCAUUGCCAUAGGAUAACAUUUCAGACACUAAUGAUUUUUUCCUGCUUGAACAUAGAGAACAAACCGCUGCUGACUUGAUUGCCGGCGAGAGUGUAUAUCAUGUUAGUAACUGUAAUCAGGAGAUGUUAUAUUUGUAUUAUCGAUGAUUUAACAGAGACAAGAGAGCUAGUUUUGAAAACAUUAAAGACGCAUCACUACAAUAGAUUUUGUUACACUCCACAACAAUGUCACAGUCGCUGCAUACUGUAUAUAUGUUUUUGUCCAAAUAUAUUUGUUUUUUUGUGGAAGAGGGACGGGGGACUUUGCAUCUGUCAAUCAUGCACACUCCUUAUCAGCACAAAUACACUCCUCGAUCUUUUAUAAAAUCAGCCCGUCUUCCCUCCUUUUACAGAUUGAAUGAUUGUAGCUGUAAGCAUUCAUUAUAAGCCAUACUUUCACCUUGUAGCUCUCACACACUCCUCCAAUCAUGUAUUUUUUCCAAACAAAUGUGCAAUUUCCCACCGUUUUGUCCCCAUUAAUGUGCAUGCACAAUCUUUGCUCUCAACCUCAGAGGGUUGGGGUGUUGGCUCACACUACUCCAGUGGAAGGAUGGUUUGUUCACUACAUUUUCUAAAUGACUCUACCCUCUUAAGAUACUCCAAAAAAACAGAUGUAACAUUUGCACCUGCUUUUCAACUGUAAUCUUUCUCCUCAUGUUUGCCAUCCACCUGCUCACACUGCGUUUCUAUAAAGCACUUUGAUGCACUACAGCACUGACCUCUGCCCCCUCUUUGUCGGCCACGUCUCAUCUCCCGUGUUGUCGGAGGGCUCGCGCAACGCGAGUCUUCGGAGUGAUCGUCCCUGGUUUCCGUGUACAUGACAUUUUACUUUGUCAUGAAAUUUGAGGGUUUAUUUUUUAUGUCCUCCUUUUGUCCUUUUUUUAUUUGAAAGUAAAGAUGUAUAUUGCACUGUGUUGUACUGGCCAGUGUCCUAAAGUGAAUACAUUCUUAAUAAAAUUUACUUGACUUGA